UCUUAAAAUUUACGGGAUCUAAAUCGAAUUUUCCCAAGGGACUAAAAUUCUCAUCAGAAUUCGGAUUGCUAAUGAGAUUACCUGAAGUUGGGCUCUUGUUUUGCGAGAUCUUCUUCAACUUUGAUCGAAAUUUUGAAGGCCCCUUUUCGAAUUUGUUCGCUAUUUUGCUCGGAGCUGGUGCAAAUGGGUUUAGCAAUGUUUCUUUGAUUAUGGUUGUGGGCUUUGGUGCACUUGCUAUUCUGGAGAUGUUAGUGUUCGGCAUUUUCGGAAAAUGGGGUCUUGAGGAAGAUGAUGAAUUUGAGGUUUUUGAGGAGGGAGAAGAAACGGAAGCUAAAGAAGAUGACGAAAAGGAAGCAAAAUUUGAAGGUCUUUUGGUGCUGAGAUUAUCGAUAUUA